UUCAUAACCUCGCUUUAUGAGACCAGUUGUUUGGGAGUUCGGUUUUAGUUUGAUUUUGAUUCUCAUAUACAAUUAAUAAAAAUGGUACGAAAGAAGAUUGAUAAUCGAAUUCGCGUGUUAAUUGAGAAUGGAGUGAAGUUGGGUCAUAGAACGCUAUUUGUGAUAGUUGGAGAUAAAGGGAGAGAUCAGGUAGUUAUUUUACACCACAUGCUAUCAAAAGCAGAAGUAAAGGCAAGACCAUCAGUACUGUGGUGUUACAAAAAGGAAUUGGAAUUCAGUAGUCACAGGAAAAAGCGCAUGAAGCAACUUCAACAUAAAAUCCAAGCAGGAAAACUGAGCAUAAAUGAAGAAGAUCCUUUUGACUUAUUCCUAUCAGCAACAAAAAUUCGUUACUGCUACUAUGCAGAAACUCACAAAAUCUUAGGUAACACAUAUGGGAUGUGUGUACUGCAGGAUUUCGAAGCAUUAACACCAAAUCUUCUUGCUAGGACUAUAGAAACUGUAGAGGGUGGUGGUUUAAUUGUACUGUUGCUCAGAUCUGUUGAUUCACUGAAACAGUUGUAUACUAUGAGCAUGGAUGUACAUCAGAGGUUCAGAACUGAAGCACACCAAGAUGUAGUGUGUCGCUUUAAUGAGAGAUUCUUACUUUCACUAGCAUCUUGCAAAAGAUGCUUGGUUGUAGAUGAUCAACUAUAUGUGUUGCCAAUAUCAUCACACAACCUGCAGGUAACUCCUGUGGAAAAUAUACAAGAUAUUUCUGAAAAUGAAGUAGAGUUGAACGAUUUGAAAGAACAAUUGAGAGAUACUCAACCAGUGGGCAAUUUAGUGAGUUUAUGUAAAACCUUAGACCAGGCUAAGGCAUUGUUAAAGUUUGUUGAGGGCAUUUCAGAAAAGACCUUAAGGUCCACAGUAUCAUUGACAGCUGCAAGAGGUAGAGGGAAAUCAGCAGCAUUAGGUCUAGCUGUAUCUGCAGCUGUCGCUUUUGGAUAUUCUAAUAUAUUUGUCACAAGUCCUAGUCCAGAGAAUCUGAAUACCUUUUUUGAGUUUGUGUUCAAAGGUUUUGAUGCUCUGGAAUAUCAGGAACAUAUUGACUAUGGACUAGUACAGAGUACAAAUCCUGAGUUCAAUAAAGCUGUAGUCAGAGUUAAUGUCUUCAGGGAUCACAGACAGACCAUACAAUAUAUCCACCCCACUGAUAGUCACAGAUUAUCUCAAGCAGAACUAUUAGUAAUUGAUGAAGCAGCAGCAAUUCCUUUACCAUAUGUCAAAUCAAUGUUAGGCCCAUAUUUGGUGUUCCUGGCCUCAACAAUAAAUGGUUAUGAAGGUACUGGAAGAUCUUUAUCUUUAAAGUUGUUGAAUCAGUUGAGAGUACAGGCUGUGCCAGUGGGUGCCAAUACUAAUGCUGUUAAUAAGAAGGAUUCUGGGGCUGCUACUGGUAGGACUCUACAUGAGGUAACCCUGAAUGAAUCAAUCCGUUAUAAGCCAGGAGAUGAUGUUGAAGCAUGGCUAACGAAAUUGCUGUGUCUAGACUCUACAUCUGUAGCGCCAAUAUUAUCUGGUUGUCCUCCCCCAGAUAGCUGCGACCUGUAUUAUAUAAACAGAGAUACUUUAUUCUGUUAUCAUAAAGCAUCAGAAGAGUUCUUGCAAAGGAUUGUUUCUCUGUAUGUAGCCUCUCACUACAAGAAUACACCAAAUGACUUGCAAAUGAUGUCUGAUGCACCAGCCCAUCAUUUGUUCUGUUUGUUGGGUCCAGUAGAUCCAAAAAGAAAAACAUUGCCAGAAGUAUUAGUCAUAGUACAAGUUUGCCUGGAAGGUGAAAUUUCCAAGAGUUCUGUUAUAGAAAGUUAUUCUAGAGGAAAAAGAGCUUCAGGAGAUCUUAUUCCAUGGACUGUUGGCCAACAGUAUCAAGAUCCAGACUUUCCUAGGCUAUCUGGUGCAAGAAUUGUUAGGAUAGCAACUCAUCCAGAUUAUCAAGGGAUGGGAUAUGGUACAAGGGCUUUGGAACUUCUGAAGCAGUACUAUGAAUUUAAAAUCCCCUGUAUAGAUGAAGAAGUAGAUGUUGCAAAAGAACAAAUUGAAAAUGUAGAUGAAGAUGAAGUUGGCUUAUUGGAGGAGAGCCUUGAACCAAGAAAAUCUCUCCCUCCACUUCUCCUAAAGCUAAGCGAGAGACCUCCCGAAAAAUUGGACUAUAUUGGUGUCUCUUUCGGACUGACAGAAGGCUUGUUAAAGUUUUGGAAGAGGGCUGGAUAUGUUCCAGUCUAUUUAAGGCAGACAACAAACGAUUUGACUGGGGAACACUCCUGUAUUAUGUUGAACGUGUUGAACAUUGAAGAAAUAAAGGAAGAUGACUGGCUGGCGGCAUAUUGGGUAGACUUCAGAAGGCGUUUCAUUAACUUACUCGCCUACCAGUUUAACAAAUUCACUCCUGCAUUAGCCUUGGGUGUUAUGUCAAACAAAGCAAUUAAACUUACCAGCAAAGCAGAUCUCGCCAAGCACGAAUUGGACAUACAUUUUACGAAAUACGACAUCAAAAGGUUGGAAAUGUAUAGUAAUAACUUGGUAGAUUACCAUCUCAUCAUGGAUCUGUUGCCAACAUUGGCAAAACUCUACUUCUUGAAUCAACUGGGUGAUGUGCAUAUGUCUGCAGUGCAAUCGGCUAUAUUGCUGGGCCUAGGGCUGCAACACAAGACCGUGGAUACCCUUGCCAGCGAACUAGACCUGCCUUCAAACCAGCUCCUAGGACUUUUCAAUCGUCUUAUCAGACGUUGCGUACAGUAUUUGAAUGGUGCUCUUGAGCAAGAUGUUGAAAAGCACCUAAUAGCAAGGAAAGAGGUUGAAAUGACGCCAGUCGCAAAGAGUAUGCAUGAUGAGUUGGAAGAAGCAGCGAAAGAGUUGAAGAAGAAGCAGAAGAAGGAGCUAGAGAAGCUGAAGAAUGAGAAUUUGGAGCAAUUUGCGAUCAAAGGGUCAGAGACAGAGUGGGGAAAGGUGUUGUCAGGAAAAGGAAAGAAGCAACUUAUCAGCAUCAAAAGCGACGACGAAUACAAAGAUGAUUGACGAGUAUUUUUUGAUAGCGGCGAAAAGAGACUGCAUGAGGAAACCAAGGAUGAGACUAAAGAUGAUGUGUUGCCAAUAGUAAAAAAGAAGAAAAAGCAUAAGAAUAAGGGAAAUAAAACGUUGUAGUUGUUUACAUCUGUUUAUUAUGUUUUUUAUUAUUUCACCCAAAUCCACUGCGUCUAUUAUGUUGAUCAUCACACUGAAAUCUAUUUAGAUUUUAUUUUUAACUGCUUAUACAGUGUGUUGGUAUAAGUAUUGUGUGUACAACUCGAGGAUCAUAGGGAGUAUAAAUGUCAAAGUAGUUUGGUGGUGCCUCCCUAGCAACUCUCACUUCAGUUUUCAAUAAAUCACACAUUGCUCAGUG